UUCAUUGGUUUAGUCGACAGGUAACUCUCAUCGAAGGUGGAUGUGUGGAGGUUGCUUAAUAAUUAUAAAGCAAAAUUACGAGAGAAUGAAAAGUGUCGUUAAAGCUUAGAAGCACUCACAUUCAGUUUUUUAAAGUCGCCGACAAUUUCAACGAGGUUUUAAUAGCAAUUAAAAUCUGCAAGCCUUUCAGAAACUUUUCUAUAAUUUGAGAAUAUAAUUAAAACAAGAAAUAUGGCUGUAGCAGCUGAAGGACCAUUCCGUUCGCCAUCAGUAGAUUUAAGUUCAUACAGAGAUCAGCACUUUAAAGGGUCCAGAGCUGAACAAGAAAGACUAUUGAGAAAUUCGACGACUCUUUACAUUGGUAAUUUGUCAUUCUACACAACAGAAGAACAAAUUUAUGAAUUAUUUUCCACCUGUGGGGACAUUAAAAGAAUAGUCAUGGGGCUCGACAAAUAUAAGAAAACACCAUGCGGGUUUUGUUUUGUUGAAUACUACACAAGACCAGAAGCAGAGAAUUGUAUGCGUUACAUUAAUGGAACACGCUUGGAUGACAGAAUUAUCAGAAGUGAUUGGGAUGCCGGUUUCAUAGAAGGAAGGCAGUACGGAAGAGGAAAAACUGGUGGUCAAGUACGAGAUGAAUACAGAUCAGAUUUUGAUAGUGGUAGAGGUGGCUAUGGAAAAAUUCUUCAACAAAAAGUUGGUUCAACUGAUGGAAUAUUUAGUUAGACACAAAUCAAAUAAAAUGUAACACAAUUAAAGUAUUUCAGCUGCGAAAUUUCUCGAAUAAAUUUUAGCUGCAUGAACGUUUACUUUGUAUAGAUAACUGUAAAAUAUUAAAAAUUUAAAAUCUUGUAUUAAGAUAAAUAAAUACUUUUCUGAAGUAAGAAAAGAAAUCACACAAACAAAACUAUUUUCAACUUUGUUUUUACAAUAAUUUUUUUGCAAAA